UCUUUCUUGUUUGUUUGAUUCUUCUUCGCCAUUUCUGUAAUGACAUGGUGAAGCACUCUACACCGCCAAACGAUGACGCUCGCCGUCUCUGGACUGGCAUGUCGGAGCCACCUUGCUCCUACUCCUCACCGUCUUUCCCUUCUCUGCCUUCGAAAGGUACGCUGCUUCAGCAAAUCCGCGGCGGCGGUUGAACCAGUCGCCGAUUCACCUAGCCUCGGAGAAAGAGAUCGGAAAAAUGAUGCUCCGGUUACGGUUAGUAAAGAUAGGAAGGAGAAGCAACCUGAAUGGAAGAAGCUCAGUUCCAAAGAACUCGGGAUUAAGAUGUCUUCGAUUCCCAAGCCUACGAGAUUAAUUCUCAGUGGCCUCAGGCAAAAAGGAUAUGAGGUGUACCUUGUUGGAGGCUGUGUUCGUGAUCUUAUUCUAAAGAGAACUCCGAAAGAUUUUGAUAUUAUUACUUCAGCUGAACUCAAAGAGGUAAAAAAGACGUUUCUCCGUUGUGAAAUUGUCGGAAAACGAUUUCCUAUAUGUCAUGUUCAUGUAAAUGAUGCCACUGUGGAGGUUUCUAGUUUUAGCACCUGUGAAAGACAUUCUAGUAAGAAGUUUGAUAGCCUCAGAAGGCCUCCGGGCUGCAAUAGGCACGAUUACAUUCGUUGGAGGAAUUGCUUACAGAGGGACUUCACCAUUAAUGGGUUGAUGUUCGAUCCAUUUGACAAGAUUGUGUAUGACUAUAUGGGGGGAAUACGAGAUAUUCGAAAAUCUAAAAUGCGGACAGUAAUACCAGCAAAUAUUUCCUUUGCAGAAGACUGCGCUCGCAUUUUACGUGGGAUAAGAAUUGCAGCUCGAUUAGGUUUUCAUUUCACUAAAGAUAUAGCACUUUCUUUAAAGGAAUUGUCUUUCUCGAUCAGAAGACUUGAUAAGGGAAGGAUCCUCAUGGAAAUGAAUUAUAUGCUAGCAUUUGGGUCUUCGGAGGCAUCGUUGAGGUUAUUAUGGAGAUUUGGGCUCCUAGAGUUCCUUCUACCCGUCCAGGCCUCGUAUUUUGCUUCCCAAGGUUUUCGAAGACGCGAUGAGAGUUCUAACAUGCUUUUGUCUUUGUUUUCCAACCUUGAUAAAUAUGUGGCACCUAAUCAACCAUGUCACAGUAGCCUAUGGAUUGCUAUCUUGGCUUUUCACAAGGCCCUGUACGACAAGCCUCGAGAUCCCUUGGUUAUCGCUGCGUUUAGCCUUGCAGUCUCCAAUGGUGGAUCUUUGCCAGAGGCUGUAGAAAUCGUGAGGACAAUGUCACAACCGCACGUGAUGACGUUCCAUGAGAUAUUAGAACCCGUGACCACCACGCGCUCCAAGAACGCCUUGAUCAAUGAGGUCGUUGAUCUUGCAGCUUCAGUCAAAGCCAUGUUGCGCAAGAUGACAGAUCCUGAUUAUGUUUCUCAAGCAAUGAUGAAAUUUCGGAAAGCGCCAUGCUCAGACCUUGUUUUUAUCCCAUUGACAUUAUCAUUGAGGGUGUGCAAGAUUUUUGAAUCCAUAAAAAGAGAAUUAGGGAGGGAAUCUGUGCCUAAAAUUGGGCAAAGGAUUGAUUACGAUUCUUUGGCAUUGGGUUGCUUGCCGGAGGUUCAACAAAUGUUUGCAACUGUUGUUUUUGAUACUGUUUACCCUCCAACCAGGAAACAUUAACUAAUAAAUUUCUAGUUUCCUUUUUUUUUGUGUGUGUGUAUUUUUAUUAAAAUCUGGUGAUCUGAGACUAA